CAUCGUCGAAUCAACGUUUUUGAUUGGUUGGCUUUAUAAAUGUUUGCAAUUAAUUUAUGGACAGAGAAAAACAGCGGAAAAAACUUGAAAUUUUUUUAUCUUCGAAAAUUAAUUAUCUGCGCGAAUAAGAGAAUUCAACUUUACAAUUUUUCUGUUAUUCAUCAACGGAAGAAAAUUAACAAACGCUGUGCAUCGAUCUGAUUUUGAGGUUAUUCGCAAAAGCACAACUUAAUAAUAAGAUAGUGCUCCAAAUUCUGGUUUUCAAACAGAACACGAAUCAAAAACUUCAAACCAGCUAUAACCCGCGACUUCGCGCGCGCCGGCGCAGACGCUCUACAGCAGAGCAGCCGUCCGGAAACCAGCGUUUUCGGAACGGUCUGUAGAAGUAUCUGGAAAAUCCUAGCCAGUAUUGCUCGGGUCGUGCGUCGCACCUCGUACCAAACGAAUCCCGGCGAACGUAGAAAGUUUCGUUUACAAACACGCGCAUCAUCGUCAUCAGCAGAGCGGCUGAGAAAAAUUUUCCUUCCUCCGCGCACAUACGAGAAUAAAAAAUUAAUCAUGUCUGACUGGGACACGGCACCGAUUACCCUGCGGAAGCGAAUCCCCAAGGCAUCUGCCAUGAAAUCGGAGCAGGCGGUCAACGCUGCGCGCCGGCAAGGAGUCGCCGUCGAGACCCAGGCCAAGUGGGGAGGAGGAGCAAAUAGGCAGCAUGUGACUACCAAAAACACAGCAAAAUUAGACCGUGAGACAGAAGAAUUAAAGCAUGAAACAGUUCCACUUGAUCUUGGAAAACUUAUUCAGCAAGGAAGACAAGCCAAAGGAAUGUCUCAGAAGGAUCUUGCAACAAAAGUCAAUGAGAAAACACAAGUGAUCAAUGAUUAUGAAGCUGGACGAGGUAUCCCCAACCAAAUGGUAAUUGGAAAAAUUGAAAAAAUACUCGGAAUGAAGCUGCGAGGAAAAGAUCGCGGUCAGCCCCUGCCGCCACCAGGAGCAAAGAAAUAAAUAUCGGAUAAAAAUUAAAAAAAAAAAAUCAAAAAAUUAAAAAAAAAAUUCUGUCCUUUCAAUUGUUUCCAUGAAACAGUCAUACGUGAGAAAAUAGUACAUCAUUAACGCAAUCUCUGUUUUUCUUUUUUGUUGUUUUGAUAUGCAUAAUAUAGGUUAUCUUAUUACGUUUGUGUAUGAAAAUUAAAAGUAAGAUAUAUUAGAUAUAGCUCGUUAUCGAGUGUUAGUCGUCGAUGGAUAGGAUUCCUAUUUAAAAAAUCGUGUCCUGCACAUCCACUCAGAUUACCGACUGAUUCAUGACUGCGAAUUGGUGAGGAUCAUUAUAAUUUGUAAGGAUCAUGCGAUAAUAAAAUCUAAUAACUUAAGUUACUUAAAACUAA